UUCAAUUCCCCAAUUCCUUCCUUCUCUUUGUUGUUCAAGCAAAGCAAACCCUAGCCGCGCGUCAAGCUAGGUCAAGCAACAAUCUCAUGGCGAACCCGAGGCCUCCUUGCGUGUUGCUCGAUCGCAUAGUGCUUUUCGUCGAAGGGAAAGAGUUAACCAUCGGUGGGUGGAGUUGGAGUAGAGUGCAGAUGGUGGAGGAGAUGGAGUGGCGGAUGGCGCCGGCCAUGAAACCCGUCCCCUUCCUCGCCGACCCACCUCAAGUAAGCAGCCUGCAGAUGCUGCUGCCGCCGGAGUACUCGCAUCUGGCUGGGAUCGGCGAGAUCUCCAGCAUCCACAAUGGCAUCGUCGUCAUCUACGCCCAUCGAUACUACCUCCUCUACGACGCCUCCAACAACCACCUCACCGCUAUCCCCCCACUCCCCGAUUCCCUAUGCUCUCCCACCUUCCUUCCCCUCGGCCGCACCGCCGUCGUCGUCACCGCCGGCGAUGAUGAUGAUGAUUACAUCCUCGCCGACAUUGUCACCUCCUCCACCACAGGGCUCCCCGACGCGAAGCUCUUCGUGUGCUCGUCGUCGUCGGAGUGGGCCGAGACGCCGCCGGUUCGUCUCCCUCUCCCUCCACAUCUCUGUGGCCCGACCUACUUCUUCCACGUCGACACGGCCUUCUCCUUCCAAGGCAGCAUCUUCUGGGUUGAUCUCCUCAAGGGCAUCUUGAUUUGCGACCACGUCUCGUCGCCGGAAGGCCCCGAGCUAGUGUUCGUCCCGCUGCCCCACUGCCGCGACGUCCACGGCAAACCCCGCCAUUGCUUCAGCCCGAAUGAGCACCGUUCCAUCGGCUGCGUCUCUGGUGCCAUCAAGUUCGUCGCCUUGAUCGGCUACUGCGAAGAAGCUUCUUGUCCCGCCAACGAGGUGAAGCUCAAGACAUGGUCACUCUCCCCAGAUUUCAAGCACUGGAAGGAGGAAACGACAUUGACUGUCGGAGACAGCUGGGCGAGCGAGAGCUUCAACGAGAUUGGGUUGCCACAUGUUAUGCCGAUUCCUAUUCUUAGCGUGAACGAAGAUGGGAUCAUGUAUGCCGUUCUGAAUGAUAUCUUUCAGGAGCCAAUACCUGAUCACGUUAAUGAAUUCGGCCAAGUUCUUGGGGAUCGACUGGUGGCCAAAGCCAAUUAUAUGAUCCGCUUUGACAUUCUGCAGAACAAGGUCCUGUCUUUCACGAAGAUAUCUCAACACGGCGAAUUGCGGUGGCUUACACCCUAUCUCAUUGCUACUGACUUCAGCUCAUACCUACAGGACCACACGAGAGGAGAAGCAAGCGCCAAGGAUGAGCAGCAGUUGGAGGACUGAAUCCUGUACUGUAAAUUUAUCAUGUGUGGUUAACACUAGCUGUUUAUCAUGUGUCGCUUUGUUUUGCUUACCUCUCCUGUGAGAUGUAAGGUUAAAUGUGUUUAGGUUAACUAGAAGAUCUUAUUCUAAUAGCAAUUAAACUGAAUGGUAACCGGUAGUUAUGGUAUAACAGAUUCAGUGUGUAGCUCUGAACUUCUGAAGUCUGAGCCGAUGAAUUUAAGAUUUUAUAGGAAUCUCUCUGAACUUCUAUUCUUAGAGGAAGGAACUGUUCCUAAAAAAAUGUGAUAGCAUCCCGGCCAGCCCAGAUAAGUGCGGUGAAAGAAAAGCCCAAACCCAAUUCACCUCGUUACCAAUUUCCAGUAGAUGCAUCUUGUUCGUAGGUUGUCUGACUGAACGUGAACGAGAACGAGAUGGUCCAUCCACUGGCGAAUUUAGGCAGGGUUAGGCGCCAUUUCGACGCAAAUUAUGCUCUCUCUGACAAGUGGCCCCACUCACCACUUGCUAGCCACUCUCUGUGCUGUAUG